AUGGGGUUCUUUCAGGCAUCCAAGCUACCUGCGGAUUCCAAUAUUACGUGGGUGGCGCUGGCCCCCAAGUUCACUGGUGUGAAGGAAAUCAAAGACCUCAGACCUAUCAGCAUGGUUGGGUGUGUGUAUAAGGGUAGAAAAAUUCAUGACGGGGCUCUCAUAGCAUGUGAAACGGUGCACUGGCUUAAAAAGAGAAAAGAGGGCGCAGCCAUAAUCAAGUUGGACUUUCAAAAGGCAUAUGACAGAGUGAAGUGGGGUUUUGUGGAUAUUGUGUUGGAAAAGAUGGGGUUUGGGCGCAAGUGGAGGGCUUGGGUUAUGAAGUGUGUGACCACAACUUCGAUGUCGGUUUUGAUUAAUGGAUCGCCGUCUAAACCGUUUAAAAUGGAGAGGGGCUUGAGACAAGGUGACCCGCUUUCCCCCUUUUUGUUUGUGCUGGUUGUCGAUGUACUGCAUAGGAUGGUUGGUGAGGCAGUCAGGAAUGGGUGUAUCUCUCCUUUGCUGGUUGCCCGAGACAGUGUGGAGCUUUCACACCUUCAGUUUGCUGAUGAUACCAUUAUGUUCUGUCCGCCAGAAGAUGAGACUAUGUGGAAUUAUAAGCGGCUCUACGAUGUCUUGAAUAGCUUGCCAGUGUAUUAUCUGAGCUUAUACAAGAUGCCGAAGGCAGUUGAUAAGAAGCUAGUUUCUCUACAGAGAAGGUUUCUGUGGAGUAAGGAGGAUGAGAGGCAGGGAAUGGUGUUGGUGAAGUGGGAGAUGGUACAGGCCCCGAAGAAAUUUGGAGGGUUGGGAGUAGGGGAUGCUAUGAUUCGGAACUCAGCACUGUUGUUUAAGUGGUGGUGGCGCUUUGCUAAGGAAGAGUGCCCAUUGUGA